UGCUAGGCGGUUCAUCGAGUAUGCAGCCCAAUUGUAACCAGGGCACCUGACGACCGUCAACCAGCUGAGUGUCUUUCCCGCAGUUUCUAUCCUGUUGACUAUUUUAGCCGGCUUCUGUGAAACCUAGCCGCAGAGCGAGCGAGCGAGUGAGUGGUGAGAAAGAUAUGUCGUUAACACACACCACGGUAGUAAACAAGUUUUAUCUGGAAAAUAAUCCUUACCACAUGCACAAGAAGACAUACGGGAAUAUAACUGAUUAGGAGUUGUAUUAUAAAUUAUUUGUUGAUAAUGUUACGGGUAAAGGGAAUUUUACGAGUCAAAGAGACACCGUCUCAGCUGUUACGUUUUUGCGACUGACUGCUGGUGUUGAUAAGGAAGCUUAAACCUAAAGUUCGUUCUGUAUUACGAUACAUGUUGGGCAGAGGAGUGAAACGCAAGCUAAGUGACUACGACGAGAGCAUGGCUGCUGGUCCUCCAGGUCCCUUUGACUCCAGCCCGGCUCUCCCCUACCCCCAGCAGAGGCAGCUGGUGCUCAACAUGUGCCUGCGCAAGCUGCAGAGCUGCUGCUUGAAGGUGGAGCCCAGCCUUCACCGCUCCGUCCUGCUCUCCAACACCCUGCGCCAAAUCCAAGGUGAGAUGCUCAAUGAGGACUGCAACACACCCCCACUCGCAAUGCAGUCUGACGGGAACACCUACAGUGUUGACACCAGCCCCUACAUUGGGGACAACCCCCCUGCAACUCCCGCACACAUCCCUGACCUGCCCCCAUUGCCACUCUAUAGUCAGGCAGAAGAAGCUAACCUGAUGACAAUGCCAUCUGAUAAUGGGGUGUCUGCAACCAUCUCCAGCCAUGUAAGAGUGGCUGGCUUUUUGAAGGACAUGAGCCCACCGCCUGCCUUCCCCAGCUGGGCUGAGAAUGAGGAGCUGGACUUCUUUUCUUCCUCCUCCUCCUCUUCUGAGGACGAAGGUAACGAUCAUCCAGCAGGCUCCAGAUCUCUAGAUUCCCUCUUCGGUUCCUUUGAAAUCCCAAAUUCCACCAGCUACUUGACGGACCUGGCUUUCGAUGAUAUCUUUGAGGACAUUGACACAUCCAUGUAUGAUUCCUCAGACUUCACCUCUGUUCUAUCUUUCACUGCCCCUCGCUCAUCAGUUUCCCCCUCUGAAGACAGCCUCAAGCCAUUCUCCACUUGCAGUUCCCUCUCCACUAAUGGCAUUCAGAUCUGUGUUACAGACUUGAACGAUCUGGACCACAUCAUGGAGAUCCUUGUGGAAUCCUGAUAUUUGUUUCGGUGGAAUUGGGGAAUGAUUGAAGAUUUAUAAUAUAAUUUAUAUCUAUAUUUUUAUACAGAUCAAGUUAUUUAUAUAUAUAUAUAUAUAUAAUGCAACAAAAUCUCAAAUCUAGAAAAUCCUGGAAUACUGGACACAUUUUAAAGACUAUUAAGAAGAAAAAUGUAACUGGUGCGGUUUAUAACUAAUCAUAGUCUUUCCUCAACGACAUUAAAAAAAAAAAAAAAAAAAAAAUUAAUUUAUAUUUAUUAUGGACUUGUUAAGAAACUUUCUUUUGUUUUUUAUUUACUAAAAUUUAAAAUACAAUGGGAACUAUAUGAUAGAUAGAUAGAUAGAUAGAUAGAUAGAGAUAUAUAUAUAUAUAUCUGAGGAAAUGUAAACAAACCAUGAAGAAUGAUGUUUUAGCUUUUUCGAAUGAAUAUGAACUAUUUAUUUUUGUAAUAUUUUCCUACAUUUUUAAAGGGUCUUUUACUCACUUUAAAUGGUUGUUUAUCAAGCUGGACUGGCUCAAAUGGUAUGGCUUGCACUACCUCUACAGAAUUAUCUCUUGAAGUGAGUGGUGUUAGUUCAGGAACAGGGCAGGGAAAUCAACUUUAACUCUUUUAUACAAGCACAUUUGUCAUGUUAAUGUGUUAACUGGUCUUCUACAACAAACAAAGACAAAUGAGUAGCUCUCGAAUGACAAUGAAACAGUAUUAAUUGCACACAGAUUCUUUAUAAUUCAGUGUCAUUUUGUAUACCUUGUGGACUUCACUGGAAAACCUGAAUUCUGGCAGGAGGUGUAAAUCUCUUUUGCUGCUAGGAUCUAGUAUCUCAGUGCCUGGGAGGAAAAAAGGCUGUUACCUAACACUGGAUACCUGAAUUUCACUAUCUGUGCUGGCCUGUACACAAAGGUAUUGAUUAGCUAAUCCAGCUGUAUUCAUUUCGUUUUUUUGCUGUGUGAAGUCGUGCUGGAGUUGCUGAUGGCAGCUAGAUUGUCGGUACAUUUCAUCUGUUCUCAGAACAUUUCAAGCCACCCCACUCGGGACUGCCUUUCAUGCUGUUCACACUGAAGACUUAACAGCUGAGAGUUACUUCAAACAUGGCUUCAGAUAGCAUUUUGCUAUAUGCAACUUCUGUUUUAUAUAUGGGGGUGGUCAAUCCUUUUGAUGGAGAAACACCCUUUGCUUUGUGUCCCUUUGGAGACAUUUUACCAGAAGAGUCCAGCAGCAGCGCUAGAGUAUAAGAUCCAUCCCAGUAUCUAUCUGUAUCUAAAUACUGAAACCAACACUGCCCAGUGCUACAAACUCUUAGCUAUUUCUAGUUGGGAUUCAGACUGGUUAAGAAAUGGAUGUCCACCAAAUGCAUCUUUUUAUAUGAUUUUUGUCCCUUAAUAUAUAUUUUUUUUAAUUUUUUGUCAGAAUCAUGUCUAGACCCCUAUUCAGGUAAACGCAUCCCCGACAGGUCUUAUCAUAAUCUUUUUGAGCCCCUAAUCACAAUGACAAAUCACAAUGGCUGGAACAUUUCCUCCAAUUUGGUCUUCUGACAGCCUUGUCAAGACAUCUUCUGUCAGCUCUAUCCUUUUGUUUAGCUGGAAUCUAAAAAAGGACCAGUUUGUUUCAGGAAUGGGUAGCCUAAAAUUCUUUGUUGGCAGUACCUUUUUUAAUCAGAAUUGCCCUUAUAAUAAUUUUAAAACAAACUUUUGUUAUGUAUUUGUAGAUUUUUAUUAAAAAAAAGUAAAGUGCUUGCAUUUAGGUACCUAUGCCAAUGCCUUUUUUUUAACCAAUUACAAAACCUUUCUCGAUAAUCUUAGUUAUAGCCAGUCUCCCCGCCUAAUCUAGGAUACAGUGAAACAUUGCUGGACAAGACACAGCUUGCUAUGAAAGGGUUGGGCUAAAUCAGUUGUCUAAGAAUGCCGUUAUUAUUAUUAAUAUUAUUUAUAGACUUUUUUUCCGACCAGCUGUCCAGAGAGAGAGAGUGAGAGUAAGCAGCCGGCUCGAUCUUUGUUAGCAAAAAAAAACAAAACUAUCAGAACCUCCAUGUACAGAAGUCAAUACAGAAA